CACUACCAGUUUGUCAGUUCGACCUGGAAACUUACCACCUCUUAUCCCAAGUGCUUCAAUGCCCAAAUCUGGGGACUGAUGGCCGGACCCACAUGGAAGAGGAGCAGGGCGCCAAAUUUACCCAAGUGAAGUGGAAUUUCACUCAACAACCAUCUGCAAGGGUUCUCAAGAGGCUCCUUUCAGAAAACACGGAGGCCCUGGAGGUAUUUAACGCGCGCCGCGGUGACGCGCAACGUCACUCGGUCACCCACGAGCGCGGCGGCCUCCCGCGCCACCUGCUCAAAAAUCACCACACCGCGCCAUGGAGGACGUUCUGUUCGAUCUGGACCAAGAUGCCUCGCCGGAUUUCGCCUUCUGGGGUCAGAUGGAGCAAAACCUGCAGUUCCAGACGCAGCUGGACACGUUGCUGCUGGACUGCGGCGGCGGCGCCGCGGCGGCCGGCGGCCAACUGUCGCCCUGGUCCUCCUCGCUGGGCUGCCAGUCGGUGUUCCCCGAGGCGCAGCUCACCUUCGCCGACUUUGACGCGCAGUCCCCCGGCGACGAGGAGGCCGACGACUUCGGCGCCGACGAGUCGUCGGAGGCGGCCAAGCGGCAGCGCGCGCGCCGGCUGCAGGUGUCCCAGCAGCCGUACAAGGUGCAGAGGCACGCCGCCAACAUCCGCGAGCGGAAGCGGAUGCUGAGCAUCAACUCGGCAUUCGAGGAGCUGCGCUGCCACGUGCCGACCUUCCCGUACGAGAAGCGGCUGUCCAAGAUCGACACGCUGCGGCUGGCCAUAGCCUACAUCGCCCUCCUCAGGGAGAUCCUCAUGUCCGGCUGCGACCCCAAGUCCUACGUGGACGAGUGCAUGAAGAGCGGAUACAAGAACCACACUAACGCCAUUUGGAACACGAGUGACCUGACAGCUCGUCUCUCGUGGAUAAAGUGGGAUUAGUUGAGGGCUGUGGGGCACCCCCCCGAAUGCGGAGAUCUCCGUCUUGCUCUCUCCUCGACAUCUGCAGACUUCUCACUGGGUCGCACGCACCUCAGGCUUUUAAUAUUGUAAUUUAUGGUCGACUGGUCAUUGAGAACCUUUGCCAGCGAGGCCUUGGCGGGACGGAAAGGCCGUGGGCAUUGUUUGCCCAAAUGGAUGCCACUUGUCACAUUGCAGCGAGAGUGAGUGAGAGAGGGGGUGGGGUGGGGGGGCACGCUGGCAUGAGACUUCCGGGGCCCUUCCAUCCCGCGCUGGAGUGUGUGAGAAAAGAGUCUUGAUCAUGUAAAUGAGACGACAGUGAGACCCAGAUGACGGCACGACGGCAGCUUGUCGACACUUUUGUUCGUUUCUCGCCUCAUUUAUCUAUUUAUUUAUUUAUUGAAACCUAAUUAUGGCUAAUUUAUGCUUAAAAAAACUCAUGUGCACAAUAUUGCUCGCCAGUGCAAAGGCUCUUUUGGAAUUGUUGUUUAUUGUUAUCCCGAAUCGUCUUUUUGUAGGCUGUCGCAUGCACAGAAAUGGAUCCAUUUUGGUAGGGGUUUGGUUGUAUUUUCGGCGUCCCAAAACCCACACCUAGUGCUACGAACACCUGUUUGAAUGAUCCCCACCAAAAUGGUUGCGCCUGUCCAUCGUAACAACCCAGGAAGAAAAACUCAAUAGCCCAUGAUUGAAAUGUAACAAUCGGCCAUUUUAGUUCGGAGCAGCAGAUGCCAAGACUCAUCCUUUACCCAAAGUCCAACAAGGAAUAUCGCCUCUUGGGGGAUCUCAAAUCUGCUCAAAUAUGUUGCAAUUGUGUGUAUUUUGGUAUAAAGGGUUGUUUGUAUAUUUAAGCAUGUCUCAAAACCCCAAAAUAAUUCACUCGGGAGCUCCCUGGCUCCAGUUGGAGCGAUAUACACAAAAUUGGGUCCCGUAUUUUCCGCACUGAAAGGCGUACCUUAACGCCUUGCAUUUUCUUGAAAGCUCACAGCGUGCCUUAAAAUCCGAUGCGCCUUGUGUAUGGUCAUUACGGCAAUAUUUCG